CCCCUUUCCAUCCAGUGCAGCUCGACGUGGAUCCCUGCAGUCCGCAUCAGCUCAAGCGUCUCAUAUUGCUUCCUCCCCGUCACCAUCAUGUGAGAGAGAGAAAAAAAAAAAAGGGUUUGCUCUUCGUCCCGGAUCCUCCCCUCCCGCUUCGCCCUUUUUCUUCAGCGGACGUGCUGUCUCUCCAGUGCGGGGGCCCGGGGGUGUGGUGUCCCUGCCGCCGACUAACAGCCCGCAGACUCGGCGUGAGGCUGAGCAGAGGAUGAGUGAGCAGGGCAAGAGCUCGGCAUCCGUCUCCGCCGCGGCCCCGCUGCCCGGCUCAGACACUUACAAAGGUUGGCUCUUUAAAUGGACCAACUACCUGAAAGGCUACCAGCGGCGAUGGUUCGUCCUCAGCAACGGCCUGCUGUCUUAUUACAGGACACAGGCGGAGAUGGCACACACAUGCCGUGGGACCAUCAACCUAGCCACUGCUCACAUCGACACAGAGGACGCCUGCAACGUUGUCCUGAGCAGCGGCGGCCGCACAUACCACCUGAAAGCUAGCACCGAAGUGGAGCGGCAGCGGUGGGUCACGGCGCUGGAGUUAGCCAAAGCUAAAGCCAUCCGUAUGACACCCAACCUGUCUGAUGACUCGGAGGACGAGGUGCCGGCAUCUAAGUCCAACCGGAACGAGAUUCAGGGAACUUUAAAGAUUCUUGUGAGCAAGCUCGAUGACCUCAGCACUUGUAACGACCUGAUUGCCAAGCACGGGGCAGCAUUGCAACGCUCCCUCAGCGAACUUGAGGGCCUAAAAAUCCCUGUGGAGGGAGGGGAGAAGAUCAAGGCAGUCAAUGAGAGAGCCACCCUUUUUCGCAUCACUUCCAAUGCUAUGAUCAAUGCUUGUCGAAAUUUCUUAGAGCUGGCUCAAACUCACAGUAAGAAGUGGCAGCGGACGCUGCAAUAUGAGCGAGAGCAGCGCACCCACCUGGAGGAGACUAUUGAGCAGCUAGCCAAGCAGCACAACAGUCUGGAGCGAGCGUGGAGAGAGGCACCUGCACUUUCAUCCAGUACAACACGGGCCCCUACCAACAAAAAAGGGAGUGAGAGGCCGCCGAAAGAGGAUGCAAGUGAUGAAGAUGAGGAGUACUUUGACGCCAUGGAGGAUUCCCCUGCAUUUAUCACAGUGACCACCACUGACAACACACAACGCAGGCGAUCUCAGAGCAGUUUAAGCGGAGCAAGCGGAGGGAAUGCCUAUGACUGGAACCAGCAUGACCAUAUGUCCCCAAGCUGUAACGAUGUGUCAGGGAAGGAGCUGCAGCCACGCCGACAGCGGCGGACUCGUGUCCCUGACAAGCCUAAUUACUCCCUCAAUUUGUGGAGUAUCAUGAAGAACUGCAUUGGAAAGGAGCUUUCCAAAAUCCCCAUGCCUGUGAACUUCAAUGAGCCUCUGUCGAUGUUGCAACGUCUCACGGAAGACUUGGAGUAUCACGAGCUUUUGGAUAAGGCGGCACGCUGUGAAUCUUCGCUGGAGCAGAUGUGUCUGGUUGCUGCCUUUUCCGUCUCUUCCUACUCCACUACUGUCCACCGGACAGCCAAACCGUUCAACCCACUACUGGGUGAGACCUACGAGCUUGAUCGCCUCGAAGAGUUUGGCUACCGCUCACUGUGUGAGCAGGUGAGCCAUCACCCCCCUGCAGCAGCACAUCAUGUGAUUUCCCAACGAGGCUGGACCUUGUGGCAGGAAAUUACGAUUGCCAGCAAGUUUCGUGGCAAAUACCUCUCCAUAAUGCCACUAGGUUCCAUUCACCUGAAGUUCCACUCAAGUGGCAACCACUAUGUGUGGAGAAAAGUCACGUCCACUGUGCACAACAUCAUUGUGGGCAAGCUGUGGAUUGACCAGUCAGGGGACAUUGAGAUUGUGAAUCACAAGACCAAAGAGACCUGCACACUCAAAUUCUCCCCCUACAGUUAUUUCUCCAGGGAUGUUCCUCGGAAGGUCACAGGUGUGGUGACUGAUAGUGGUGACCAGGCUCAUUACAUUCUGUCGGGUACGUGGGAUGAGAAAAUUGAGAGUGCCAAGAUCAUUCAGAGCAGCCGAGGUGGCAGCGGAUCAGAGGGCAAGCAGAAAACCAUCUAUCAGACCUUGUCCCCCAAACUACUAUGGAAGAAGUAUCCUCUACCGGAGAAUGCGGAGAACAUGUACCACUUCUCAGCGCUGGCACUGACUCUGAACGAGCCGGACGAUGCAGUGGGUCUGACCGACAGCCGUCUGAGACCAGACCAGAGGCUAAUGGAAGAGGGACGGUGGGAUGAAGCAAACUCUGAAAAACAAAGAUUAGAAGAGAAACAAAGAGCUGUGAGAAGAAAGAGAGAAGCAGAGGCCUCAGAUGCUCUGGAUGAAGGUCGAGAAUAUGAAAGCUACCAUCCACUGUGGUUUCACCAGAGGAGAGACUCCAUCACUGGAGAGACACACUUUGCAUACAAAGGGGGUUACUGGGAGGCUAAGGAAAGACAGGACUGGACCGUUUGUCCUGAUAUAUUCUAACACCUGACGCUUCCCCGCAGCGAGACUACAGGAAACUAAGGAGCUGCUCCACAUGUGCUCCUUCAGCAGUGAGGUGUAGCACGCUCGGUAGAGCUUUGUGAAUGUGACACACACUCGUAAUUCUUUGUACCUCCAAAUGUUCCCUCUCACUGCUUUACAGAUGGAGAAUAUGGUGGAAUGUCCCCAGUCCCACUAUGUGUGUGAUGCUCUCAGAGGUGUAAUGCCACACUAUAAAGGCACCAAAUGAGCUGCUAUGUCAAUGCACUUUCCUAUGUCGCACCCAGCAGUUUUAACCUUUCAACCAUACUGAAGCAGGCUAUGUAAAAAGACUACCAUGCUGAAAACACAUUAGUCUUCAAAUGAGUCCUCAGGUUAUUGCGAGCCUCUUUUAUAAAGCCUAAAUUUGUCUUCAGGAACAAUUUUAACUUGUAAUGAUUCGCACAUUUAGUUGCAUUAAAAUAUGGUUGACAUUCUUCAGUUAACACGACAGGAAUGAUUAACAUUCAGAUUUAGGAACUUGAGUUAUAUUUUCAAAGCCUCAGAUAAAGGGGGUUGUUAUGAAUUAUGGAUUCAUCAUGCCACCGUUCCUCAACAACCUGGCAGCCACUUAGUUUUAAUGAUAAAUGAUUAAAAAUAGUUGUGAAGGAAGGAAUAUAAAAUGCACAACUCUGGUCAAGGAGCCAAAUAAUAAACAGAAAAACAAGACCAUUUACCUUAUUUGGCGCUACGAGAUAAAAGAUUAUACCACACUUUGAGACUUUUCAAUUUUCUUUCCGUUAUUCCACCUUUAGCUUAUCAUUUAGCUGAAUUUAAUGCAAAUAGUUGCUGCUUUUUUGUCAAUAUACUGUUCAGCCCGUUCAUUUAUGAAAAAAAUGGCAUAACCUGCCUUCCAAAUUCUAACCAAACUGGCAAACUACAUGCGUGCAGGCAAUGAUAAAUGUGUCAUGUUUCUGGAAAAUAAGUGUGAAUGUAAUAUAGUGCCCUUAGUUUAAACUUCUUUCAAAUAUAUGUUCGUUAAAUUAACGUCUCCCGUUGAAAUUAAUUUAAAUCAAUUUAAUUGGUGCUUGGCUCCGGCCAAAUAAGGCACAAUUUUAAUAUGUAACAUGCCCUUUUAAAAGAAAAACAAACUUUUAGAUGAGGACAUUUGUAUUAAAACAAUACAAUAGUAAAUACUACUACCAAAUACUGUUAUUUUAUGAAGUAAUGUAAUAAUAAUGUACAGCAUUUGGAAAGUGAACUUCCGUGGUAUCUCCUUCCAGUUGCUUCUCCGUUGAAAACACCAUCAGCAGCUUUCCGUAUUUUCAUGAUAAAUGUCCGUUGUUUGGAUCAUAUUUUAACAUUCUUGGCUAACAUUCUGAUUCAGUAUGGUGCAGACUAGCAGUGAUACGCUCAAAUUCCUUUGCUAAUUUGGCGACACACUCGGUCAUGUUAGUUGGGAUUUAUUUAUUAAAUUCAAUUAAUAUUAUACCCGUCUUCACAGUCACUUUGUUCCUUCCCAUGGCUUAAAACAUGUUUUGUCCAUCUCUAGCUAUCAGCUAAUGCUAGCGAGUGAGACCAGAUGUUUAGGAUGGGUCUUUUGGGGUUCACUGUGAUAUUAGCCGCACCAACUAAUGGCGAGGAUGUAACUCAAAUUUGUGCUUGCAACUUAAAGCGUAACACUCUUAAGUUGAGGUAUAACUGUAAAUGUCUGAGCUGACUGUUUUCAUUAAUGUAUAGUACUUCGCACCUGCUCCUCAGCCUCUCUCUGUUUCUAGUUGAUAGUUCAGGUGUUUCCAGUGGCACUAUGUGAGACUGGAGUCUCGGUUGACCGGUUCCAGGUGAUAGAAACGGCGGAUAGGGCUGGUCCCUGUGGCGCACCACUGAACAGAGCCCUUCGCUCCAGGCUCACCACAGUGUUCACGUGGUCUGCAGUGUUUGUAUAAUGAUUUGGGAUCAGGUACCUUCUUCCGUCUUUUUGCCUUUAAUUGACUGAUCUGUGUGCACUACAUUGACAAACUUUGAGAAAACAGUCAAUAGUAUUUUUCUGUUUUCAUUUUGUAGGAAUGUAGAAAUCAAGGCUGGAGGGUACUGUAUGUUCCGCCUGGUCUUGUUUGUGUGAAUAUUUUGUGAUAAGCGAAAUUUACUGUAAAAGAAAAUAUGAUAAUUAAGUCUGUACAGCAUAGUUGAAACAUGGUCACACAUUAACUGAUUUGGCCAUUCAUGUUUUAUAGUUCUAAAUAGUUUUAAUGGAGAAAAAGAGUGUUUUCUAAAACCCUUGAUGCAGGCACAGAGGCUUGUUCUACUGCUUUAAAGACAAAAAAUACACUGGCUAAGAAAAAUCAUACACAAUACCACUCUAUGUAUGUGUCUAAUAGUGCUCUGUUUUCAGCAGUGGCAAUUGUCAAUUUAUCAAAUAUUUAUUAAUUAUUUGCACAACAGAUACACCUCUCCAUUUCUAUACAGUCGUCCCUCGCCACAUAUUGCAGCUUCACCACAUCACAUAUAUAUUUUUUUAUUUUUCUUAACGAUAUACUAUGACAUUUUGGUCUUAAUUAAGCAUUUUAGCAUAGAAAUGGCUAAACAAACUAAAAACUAUCAAUACUACAGUAGUAUUGGCCACAAGAAGGUCUCAAACUAAUAAAGACGGGCUGUUCAGUAUCAUGGUCUUUGAUUGGCCCAACCUCAGGCAGUAUUACUAUAUUGAGUUGAGUUUGAGUUUAUUUCAAACAUGCAAGCAUACAACAUGAUACAUCACAAUUUCCAGUUUCUCUUUUCAACAUGUUCGAAAAGGAGUAGGAAGAAGCAGAUUACAUAUACAUUGGAUUAAAACAAUGUAAAGCUGAUUAGAGGGUGUUAUUCUGUGUCUAGAGUACACAGAAUGUAAAAAAUGUAUUUAGAAGGUCAAACAUUUUUUUAUAGCUAUGAAAAUACUUGAUUUAUAAUUAAUGAAUCCUUUUUCGCGGAGAUUAAUUUAUCGCGACACAAUUAGCAGCGGUAAACGAGGGACGGCUGUAAUCAAUCAAAUCAACCAUCAUCCAGUUCAGCAUUCACAUACAUACACGUCGUUUUGGGGGGUACACGUUUACCCAUAUUUACAGAGAAAAUGAUAAAACUUGUCAAGCAAUUAUUACGAAAGUUGUUUGACGUCAAUGUGUGAUGAACAAAAUAAAUAAACAAAGUGAGGCAAUAGUUGAUAUUGCCUCAAUAGAUCAAGCUAUUUUUCACUUGUUGACUUGAAUGAAUUUAACUUUUCCAAGUCUUUAUGCUGCACUAACAUUUUUGACUGUAGCUUUAAAUGUAACUUUAAAAGAUACCUUUGAAUUAUUACUGUAUAUUUCUGCUGCUUGUUUGUUUGUAAUCACUCAUGUCCACAGAGUCCAAUAAGGCCUUUAGUCAUUAAAUGGCUUCAAAGGGUCACUAUGGUUUCAGCAGAAAUUAUUUUUUCCUCAAUUAUGAAUGAGAUUUGAAUGAGCUGACCAUAUCCAUGUAGUCGAUUGAUUAACAAAAACAAAUGUUGGUGUCGUUUCCUGUACAGUAUCACAUAGCUGUAGCAAUAACACAUUUAGAAGUGGAGAUGCCGCUCAGUGUUCAGGCUUGUGCAGAAAGGGAAAAGCAACCAAAGUGUGCAAACAGUAUAUGUGAAUAAUGUACUGUACAAUACCUUUUCAUCAUGGCUUCCUGUUUUGAGAAGGUAUCCGCACACUUCUCACCGGACUUGCAGUGUGGUUUCAGCUUUAUUUUUUAUGCUCUUAUUUUCUACCUUCUCAUGGUUGCCAUUAUUCUAAUGAUUGCCUAUUUAUAUAUGAUGUGAUCCAGUUGAAUGCGCACAUUCUUAGUUCAGAGGCAGCAGUAAAGCGUGUGAAAGAAGAGUUUUCUUGCCUUGUCUGAACUGAAUCCUGCUGGGACUGGGACUCCUACUUUAGUUAUAAGAUAUAGGUCUGCUUUUUACUGAUCAGUAGAGGGAUGCAAGUUAACAAUCCUAAACAGCAGCCUGCUGCAAAAAGUCAACGGUGAUUGAUGCCUUGACUAUUUUACACAUAAUAGUGUAUCCACUUGUAAAUCACCAUGGUAAAGGCUGUUCUUUUUUCAUGAAUUCUGUAUUUUUUAUUUUCCCCAUUUCAAUCCAUAACAUUGUCUUAAAACAACCAAGACACAACAAUUGAAAUUAAAAUAAAGAUGUUGACACUUGA